AUGCGGGGGCUGCUGGGCAGCAGCUGGAGGCAGUUUGGACAUGCUGGCAGAGGGACCUACGAGUGGUUAACCAGCGAACCAAGCGUGCCUCUCCUGGAGACCCAGCUGCAGGACGAGGAGCAGGGCGCCCAGCGGACGAGCUCCAGCCAGGCGGACGCUGAGCCCUUCCUGUGCAUCCUGCUCCCGGCCACAGCGCUGCUCUUCCUGGCCUUCCUGCUGCUCUUCCUGUCCCGCCGCUGCCAGGCUGCGAGGCCCCAGGGCCAGGUGUUCAGCAUCGACCUCCCGGAGGAGCAGUGCCCCGCGGGCGAGGGGCCCGAGGUGACUGACCUCCUGGCCGGCCUCCCCUGGGCCAGCGAGCAGCGCGUCCCCUACUCGCCUCUGCCCGCCAGCCGGAGCCUGCUCGCUGCACGCCCUCCGCCCUCCUACGAGGAGGCCACCAGGCACGAGGCCCCGGGGGUUUCUUCCGUGUGA